AUGGGACGCACGUGUAAUCUGGUGCGUCUCGCCGGCUUUGCCCUGGUUGCUGGGAUUGCUUACGGUGGAUGCCCGUUCCUUUCAAGUCAGGAGGACCAGCAGCUACUUGACAACCACAUUGGUGGGGAAGGCCUCCUCUCCACCGGCAGCAGUUGUGAAGAACGCGCCGACUACUCCCGAGAGACAUAUGAAGCCAUCAAGGCCGACAUCUUGGUUGUGUUCGUCGACCCCAGGGACUUCUGGCCGGCCGAUUUCGGCAACUACGCCCGUUUGAUGAUUCGCCUUGCUUAG